CCUCUUAUCUCCUGAUAAGACAUAUUGUGUGGAGUUACUCUGCACAUGCUCAGUUUGGUGUGUAUUAGUAGCAAGUUUUUUUUUUUUCCUUGGGAGAAUGUAUGUGAUCAGCACAGGGCCAAUCAGCCCUGUCCAGACAGAGGUCAGGGGUUCUGCAUCCUCCUAGGGCAGAAAGAAAACUCAUCCUACAAGCUUUAACCAGUGCUCUUCUGGACACUGAUAGAAGUCACAAGACUGCUCUACCUGUUGAUGAGAAAAGGUAUUUAGCAGUUUAUAUUUACUAAAAUAAUUGUAUUUCCAUGUUGUGUGUACUGUGGAAGACCAGAUAUAGUGAAUGUAGGGUUCUGG